AUGUCAUCAUCUCAUAGACGUGGGCCUUGGUCGCCAGCUGAAGAUUCGUACUUGGUACAACUUGUUCACACACAAGGAGCUUUGAACUGGGUGAGAAUUGCACAACUCAUCGGUUCAAGGUCGCCAAAGCAAUGUCGAGAACGUUAUCACCAAAACCUCAAGCCAACUUUGAACCACGACCCAAUCAGUCCUGAAGAAGGACUUCAAAUCGAAAGAUUGGUAGGAGAGAUGGGCAAGAGAUGGGCCGAAAUCGCUCGAAGGCUUCAAGGACGAAGUGACAACGCCGUAAAGAACUGGUGGAAUGGAAGCAUGAACCGAAGACGUCGUUUGGUUCUUCGUAGAAGGACUUCAUCUCACUCACAUUCCUUCAACGAGCAAUCUGAAACCCUAUCAUUUGCACGACCAGUUCACUCCCAUUCUCACACCACAUCUCGCCACAUUGACACCUUUUCAUCUCGAAGAAUACAUACUUCUCUUCCUUCACCAUCAGUAUCCGAAGCAUCCCGAGCAGAAUCACUCGAUGGUGCUCCCUCCUUAAUCUCAGACACCUGCUCAAACUUCUCCAUCUCUCCCAGAGUAGCAUCCUCACCCUCCCUCGAACUUCCACCUCUCUCAUCAUUCGACCGUAUCAACUCUCGAAGACCGUCUCUCCCACAACUUCAAAUUAGACCUAACACCUCACCAUACGCAUCAGAGUUUGAAUCACAAUCAUUAUGUCAUCCAUCAUUAGAAAGAGAAUCAUAUUACACUCACGCACAUUUCAACUCGAUAAAAUCUUCUCAUCACAGCAGAGGCCCGAGCGUUGCGAGUAUAUCCGUGAAUUACCCACACCGUCGCUCAGAGCAACAAUACCCUAGUACCCUACCUCCAUCUCCACCUCGCGACUCACAUCAUCAACGCGAGUAUUAUAUCUCAGGGCGUGCACAGCAACAAGAAACUCCAAGAGGAGCUCAACAGCCAUUGACUGCGCCACCAAGUCCUCAACAUAUUCAGUUGGCCCCUAUCCGAUCGAUCAGUCCUGGGAAUACUUAUUCUCGGGAGGCAAAGGAGAGGGACACGAGGAUGCAACUUACGAACCUUUUACUAUGA